AUGCAGGUUCUCUGGAACGGUAAGGCCGCGACCCCCUUUCAUCCGCAGAGGGGAAUCCGCCAAGGCGACCCUUUGUCCCCGUGUAUUUUUGUUCUUUGCAUGGAGAGACUAUCCCAAGCAAUUAACUCAGAAGUGGAGGAACUCAGAUGCUCCACAGAGACAUCACAAGCCGCUUUGAUCCACAAGCUACUCACCGACUUUUGUGCUGCGUCAGGACACAUAGUCAGUGCUGCCAAAACCAGAGUUCAUUUCUCCCGAAACACAAGCCAUCAUGAAGCACGGAGGAUAUGUGACCAACUGGGUUACCAAAAAACUGAAAAUCUUGGGAGGUACCUGGGUGUACCUCUGCUCCAUAAAAGGAUCACAAAGGAUACCUACAGAUACAUUGAAGAUAGCAUCAACAAGAAAUUAUCGGGUUGGAAGGCUAAAUCCCUAUCUCUAGCGGGACGAAUCACCCUAGCACAGUCAGUGCUCUCAACCAUUCCGUUUUUUGCCAUGCAAACAACCAAACUGCCAGCUGCUACAUGCCACAGGAUAGAAACACUUAUACGAAAUUUUAUCUGGGGGGAUAGUGAAAGCCACAAAAGCAUCCACCUGGUAAACUGGAGCACGCUAUGCCAACCCAAAAACCGUGGAGGAUGUGGUUUAAAAAAACUUGAAGGCCAAAACAAGGCUUUUAUUAUGAAGCUUGCUUAUACUCUGAAAACCCAAGGGGACCGAUUAUGGGUGCAGGUCCUACAAGCCAAGUACAUAUGGGAUAAAAUAGUUGAACGACCUGCUAAUGCAAAGCACAUCUCCCACCUCUGGCGAAGUCUUUAUUGCGUGUGGGACGAGUUAGACCUGGGCAUCAAGUGGAAGGACGAGGACCUUAGAAAGCCAAUCUCUAUGUUCGUGGAUGGAGAAGGACACUGGCGAGAAACUGCCUUUAAGCAUCUCUUGCCUCCUAAUACUGUAUCUGAAAUCAGAAAAAUCAACCCUCCCAAGCCAUUUGAUCCCCCGGCUGUUUGGAAGUGGCACCUCAAUGGUAGCAGAGGGUUCUCGGUUAAGUCUGCUUACAACCUGAUCCAAAGCCCUGUUUGGAAUGACGAGAAUAGGAACAUCAAAACUCAUUCCAACCAUCAGCUACAUCAGAGGUCUUGGAAUCUCUCCUGGUCCCUCUCCCCAGUUCCCUCCUGCGCCACCAGAACUACACACUACAACACUUUGAUUUUAUGGGUCUGUGCAUCUGAGAUAUUUACUCACACGCCACUUGUUUCACUUGACAGUAGAUAA